AUGCAGAAUCAAGACCUGGCAACACAUAAUCUGCUACAGAGAUGGGGACUUAACAACGCUACUGUAUACAGAAAUCCUAGUGUUCCACUCAUCUAUUAACUCUCUAUGUUAUAAGCUGACGGAUCAUCUACUAGGCCAGAUUCUAUAAAUAGCACAGGAGCAUUGGUGGCUUAUUCAGGCAAGAAGUGUGGACGAGUGCCUAAGGAUAAAAGAAUCAUCAAAGACUAAGGGACAGAAAAAGAUGUCUGGUGGGGAGAUGUGAACAUAGCUUUGAGUCCAGAAUCCUAUGGGGAAGUGGAGAAGAUUGCUUUGGAGUAUUUGGGAAGCAGAGAAAGAUUGUUCAUUAUCGAUGGAUAUGCAGGAUGGGAUGUUAACCAUAGAUUAAGAAUCAGAGUAUUUUGCACAAGACCAUACCAUGCAUUAUUUAUGAAGAAUAUGUUAAUCAGACCAACUGAAGAGGAGCUCAAAAAAGACUUUAACGGAGACGUUGAUUUCUACAUCUUCAAUGCAGGACCUUAAAUAAUAGAGAAGCCUAUAGAAGGAGUUACAUCUGAAGGAUGCGUAGCUGUGAAUCUGACAGAGAGAAAGAUGGUUAUAUUGGGCACUCAAUAUGCUGGGGAAAUGAAGAAGGGAGUAUUUGGAGUUACUCAUUAUCUAUUUCCAAAGCAAGGAGUCCUCACAUUACACAGUUCAGCCAAUGAAGGAGAGAAUGGAGAUGUCACUUUAUUGUUUGGAUUGAGUGGAACAGGCAAAACUACAUUGAGUGCUGAUCCCAAGAGAAAUCUCAUAGGAGAUGAUGAACAUGCUUGGUCUGAUCAUGGAAUUUUUAAUAUUGAAGGCGGUUGUUAUGCUAAGUGUGUUGAUCUUUCUAAAGAAAAAGAACCUGAGAUUUUCAAUGCCGUAAAGUUUGGAGCAGUUUUAGAAAAUAUUGAAUACUUAUCUAAUGAGACCAGGGAAGUGGAUUUCUCAAAUAUCUCAAUCACUGAAAACACUAGAGUGAGUUAUCCCUUAGAAUUCAUACCAGGAGCCAAGUUUCCAGCUUAGGGAGGACAUCCAAAGAACAUAUUCUUUUUGACUUGUGAUGCAUAUGGUGUUUUACCUCCAGUCUCUAUGUUGACACCUGAAUAAGCCAUGUAUCAUUUCAUCUCUGGUUACACUGCCAAAGUUGCAGGAACUGAGGUUGGAGUCAAAGAACCCUAAGCCACAUUCUCUGCUUGUUUUGGAGAAGCCUUUUUAGCAUUACAUCCAACUCUCUAUGCUAAUAUGCUGGCUGAAAAAAUCAAGAAGCAUGAUACCAAAGUGUGGUUAAUUAACACAGGGUGGUCUGGUGGAAAGUAUGGAGUGGGAUAGAGGAUGUCAUUGAAAUAUACUAGAGCUAUAAUAGAUCUAAUCCAUAAUGGAGAAUUGAAAAAUGCUGAAUUUGAGAACUUCCCUAUUUUUAACUUCAGAAUUCCUAAGGCUGCCAAGAAUAUUCCUUCAGAGAUUCUUAAUCCAAGGAAUACAUGGAAAAAUCCAGAUGAAUUUGAUAAACAAUUAUUAGAAUUAGCUUAAAAGUUUUAGGUCAAUUUCAAAAAGUAUGAAGAUAAAGCAACAAUAGAAGUUAUUAGUGCAGGUCCAAAAUUGUGAUUAUAAUUUGUAUCUAUAUUGGAUUUGUUAGUAUAUUUGC